AUGGUACUCUUCAGGCUUUCUCUAGGCUUUCUCAAGCGCGGCGGCAAGGCUAAGAAGAGUCGCGGUGUUGAAGAGCGUGAGAGACAACCCGCAUCCGUGCGCCUCGCCUCGAUAUUGGAACUGACGGAGGUCAUGAGCGGCCCAUCUGAACUCGGUCUUCGAACGCGAAUACCGAUCCCAGAUGAGUUCCUAGCUAGACAGUCAUACAUUGGUAAAGUGAAAUUCAGUGGGGAUGGGCAUCUCAAUUUCAACGUACAUCACGCAGGUCGUCGAUGA